AUGUUUACUCAUGACUUGCGUAAAACUAACUGUAAAUAUAAAUUAGAAGCUAAUCAUUUUUUUUUUCUAUCUACAAAUGCAAUUAACUACAUUGAAAUUUUCUACUUUCAGAAUAGUUCUGAUGAAAAACUGCCUGUCUUGAUUUAUAUACACGGUGGUGAUUUCAUUUUCGGCACUCCAAAUCGUGAAUUUUAUGGUCCUGAAUAUUUUAUGGAUACGAACGAGGUUAUAUUGGUGACCAUUGCUUAUCGUUUGGGUCCAUUUGGUUUUCUAAGUAGUGGUGAUGAGCACAUGACUGGCAAUUUUGGAUUAAAGGAUCAAAAUUUAGCCUUGAAAUGGGUGCAAUCGUAUAUAUCCGCAUUCGGUGGUGAUCCUUCGCGUGUUACCAUUUUCGGUCAUAGUGCUGGCGGUGUGUCUGUCCAUUUUCAUAUGCUAAGCCCUGCUUCACAAGGCUUAUUUCGUAAUGCUGUUCCAAUUAGUGGUGUUGCAAAUACGGUUUGGGCACAGCCAAUUGACCAAAAGGCGCAAGCCAUUCAAUUAGCCACAGCUGCUGGAAUUACAAAUGCUUCCAACAUAUCUUCUAUAGAACUUGCUAAUGCUUUGCGUAAUUUACCGGCAGAGCAAUUGAUGGAAGCUUGCGAUGCAUUGAAAAUUUGGUCCAUCUAUCCUUUCAUAAGUUUUCGACCCACCAUUGAAGAGGCAUCGUGGCCUGAGCCAUUUUUAACAACCAACGUGCGUGAAUUACUCGAUAAAGAGCCGCCGAAGACAGUGCCAUGGAUUGCAGGUGAUACACCGUCGAAAGGCGAAGGCAUCAUCGUAGCUACAAAACUUGCUGCUGCUGCGGAUUUGCAAGCUGAGUUUAACGAAAACUUUGAUGACUUAUUUAAGCUACUCACAAAUUUGCCUGCUGACGAAUCGAAUGAGGUCAACGAUGUGGUAGAACGUUUAGUGGCAGAAUAUAUGGGUGGAGUUCGAGAGUUGAAUAAUGACACAUUGGAUGGUUUCUUAGAGCUUUUAGGUGAUUCCUACUUCGUGUAUCCAGCAUACAAAGCAAUUGCCGAUAAUGUGGAAUCUAGUAAUGGAACAAUUCCUGAAGGAUAUAUACUGUUCAAUUAUCGUGGGCCUUACUCAUAUUCAGAGCUGUUUACGGGUAGCACAAAAGACUUUGGGACUACCCACGGCGAUGAUUCAUUAUAUCUUUUCACCUCGCAAGUAAUAGCACCGGAUGGAUAUUCCAAAUCGUCGGCAGAGGCUGCGUUGGUAAAACGAUAUGUGGAAAUUUAUGUGGAGUUCGCUAAAAACGGGUGAGUUAAA